AACUUAUUUGGAACAAAGUGAAAUUGGUAUGAACAAAACCGGGUAUUGUAUUAUCAAUUUUCACUUUAUCUAAUCUUUUAUUUACAUUGUAAAUUUCUACAAGGUGUAGUCAGUGUUGGUUUGGUGUGUGUCUGUUUUUUUUUGUAAAAUGUCUUUCACCUGUUAUUUCUGUAAUAAGUUAAUAAAAGAUAAUACUGAAGUGGGACAUGCAACAGUUUGCUCAAGAGUUUUGGAAGCAUGUCCAUACAAAUGUGGCUCAUAUGUUGCUCGUGCCGAAAUGACAAAACACAAAAGAGAAUGCACGAACGCAUCUCAAUCGCAAAUGUCAAAGGCAAAAAGUAUGGCCAGUUUGGCCCAAGUUGACAACAUCAGUUUAUCAAACAGAUCAAUUGGAAAUGGCAGUAUCGGAUCAGAUUCUGGACAUCACAGUAUGACUAACGGUGUGUCUCAGGAAAAAAUGAUUAAAAACUUACAAUCAUUGAAUGCAUUUUGUGCACAAUUUAAGCAAAACAUAGAUAGAAUAAAUUAUCAAAAUAACGCCUUCAAUCAGUGGAAAAGUAUAAUCGACACCCAAAUAAAUGACAUAAAGAAAAGUUUAGAAUUUCACCAGACUUCCAAAGAAAACACCGAUGGCAUCCUAUAUCGAAUGCAAGAGUUACUGUUCAAUUUGGAUCAACUGCCUUUAAGUUUCAAGUCUCUAAAAGACGCAUUCAAGAACGAGCAAUUGUUGAACAGAAAGAUCAAUUCGGACGUAACCCAAAAUUUGGAGCAGUUCCGACUGAAAUUCCAAGAGGAUGUUGCAAAUUUAAUGACCACAAUCAGUAUUCAAAAUGAGGAGAACAAGGAACUUAAAAGUAAUCUCGAAAAAACUAAGGCGGCUCUAGAAGAGCAACAACUUAAGUUAACCAAUGUCGUCUUCGAUUUACGUAGCACCACUCAAACUGCCUCAGAAACUGAGGAGAAGGUGGAGAUACUUGAGAGGGAAAACAACAAUUUGAAACGUACUAUAGAGGAAUUGACGAUGGACAUUGAAAACUUUCAAUUAAACAAUGACAAAAGUUCCAUGACUGGCAAACUUAUGUGGAAGAUACACAGAGUACAAGGGAAAUUACAGACUGCAAAAGAAACACAAUGUUGUUAUCACAGUUCAGCCCUAUACACUCACGAGUACGGUUAUAAAAUUAAUCUUUCACUAUACUUAAAUGGCAGAGGAAAAUGGAAAGACAGAUACGCACUGUUAUGCAUGAAUGUUUUGAAAGGGGAUUAUGAUCUGAUGUUAAAAUGGCCGUGUUGCAUUGAGGGAUCUUUAACAUUGAGAGACUUGGAAAACUUCGACGAUCCCCGACACUUCUCGAAAUCGAUUGUGGCUAAAAGACAGAGUGCAGAGGAUGAUCCUGAUGAACCAAAAGAAUCUGACCCUACAUUCAUGUUUAUUCCGCACAAUGUUUUAUUCAAGGAAAAACAUGUCAAAGGAGACACGAUUUUUCUCGAACUUACCAUAUUACGUACAAGAUAAUUUAUAUGAACUAAUUAUUUAUUAACUUUUGUAUUUGUCAUAAAAUUAUAAUUUUAUUUUUUAUAUGCAUAUUUUUAUAAUAUACCGUUAGUAAUUCAAAAAUAAAACUUGUAAAUUAUAACAAAAAUAUUAUUUAAUAAUAAUAUUUAAAUU